AUGGGUAGCAGGCUGGUAAUCGGUCUUGACUACGGCUGCACCUUUACUGGUGUCGCCUUCUGUGAAACCUCCGACACAAGCGUAGCCGAAAAGAUUAUCGAAGUCAUUCAAGACUGGCCCUCUUGCCAUACCAUAGUCGGUACGAAGGAUCAAGUCCCGAGCGAGAUCUCAUACACAGAAGAUGGUAUUGUGUACGGCGCUCUCAUUCCCCCGAAUGUGCAGCGUCAUAUCUGGACCAAGCUUGAGCUCGACACUCCACAGCUUGAAGACACAACCAACCUAUCGAACGCCAACGGUACCCAGGACUCAGCCGUACAAGUUGUCUCUGACUUUCUCGCGGAAGUGAAGGUGCACCUACUCAAGAACCUCGACCGACGCUAUGGUAGAGAGCUUUGGAAGACCCUACCCAUCACAUUGGUGGUGACCGUUCCGGCUGUAUGGUCUGAUGCUGCCAAAGACCGUACACUAGAGGCGGUUCGUCAAGCAGGGUUUAAAAACUCCGGAUUCCCGCAGCUGAAGAGGGUCGUCACCAUCACUGAGCCAGAAGCUGCCGCAAUUUAUACAAUCCAGUCGCUGCGUGGUGGUAUUCAAGACAAACAAUUCGCGAUCGGAGACGGGUUCAUUGUUUGUGAUAUGGGAGGUGGUACGGUUGACUUGAUCUCAUACCGUGUUGCUGAACUUGAACCGACCAUCCUUGAAGAAGCUACUGUCGGCGGAGGUGAUAAAUGCGGAGGCACUUUCGUUGAUCGCGCUUUCAUUCGUUGGCUAGAACGCCGUCUAGGUACGGUCGACUUCGCAAAGAUUGCUGGCUGCAGGAGCGAAGAGCUUCCACACACAUCUAUGUCUGUGAAGUUGGGCAAGAUGCUUCAAGAUUUUGUUCUGGGAGCCAAGGGCGGCUUCUCGGGGAAGCAGAAGAACUACAUGCGUCUUCCGCCUCCUUUAAGCGCCAUUGAGGAGGAUUCAGUUAGAGGCAUUAUCGAUGGUGAGAUCCUGAUCACACCCAACGAUAUGGAGGACAUGUUCGGGUUUUCCCUUCGCCGCACCUAUGAGCUCUUGUUGGAGCAAAUGAAGCAAGCACGCCUCAGUGGCAAGGUACGGAUCAACUACAUUGUGUUGGUCGGCGGCCUUACAGAGUCGCCAUACAUGUUUGAUAAGAUCCAGACAUUCGCAGAAGGCCACGGCCUGCAAGUAAUCCGGCCUCCAAACGCUUGGUCUUCCAUCGUUCGCGGUGCUGUAGUGAAGGGUCUCGAAGGAGGUGGUCGCGCGCAGAUCAAGAAUCGUAAAUGCCGUAGGCACUACGGGACUGCUUGUAGUUAUCUCUUCCGCCCCACCAAGCAUCGGGAGACUGAUAGCUACAUCUGUUCGUUCACGGGCACGAAGUGGGCUGAUGCUCAGGUCGACUGGAUGCUCAAGAAGGGUCAGAAUCUCUCUACCAACACUGACACUUAUGCCAAGAUUGAGAUGUUCCAUCGUUUCUGGUCUCUAGAUAGGCCUUCGGCUAGCAUCGAUUUGAUCGCGUCAGAUACGGAUAGGGCUCCUCUACGCUCCAAGGAUAAGGAUGUGUACACUGUAGCAACUCUCCAUGUCGACCUGAGCAGUGUUCCACAGAGCGCAUUCAAGCGUGAUUACAGUCCCUCUGGCGUCAUGUACUAUAAGCUCAAUUACGACAUCGAGUUGUCAGUCCAGUCGUCUCUUGAGUACUCUGUCUUGGUCAACGGUAUCCGAUACGGAUCAGUGACUGCCAAGUAUACUUAG